UUCAAGCAGAGCUACAACCAAGAAUGAGGAGUAUCAGAGUGUAGGUUAAUGGGAGAGAUGAUAUCCCAGACUCGCAAUCAGCACACAAACCUGCUUUGACACAUGACUCCUAUUAAAAUCCACCUAUGACAUCAUUCUUUUGUUCGAACACUCCAUUAUUUUUCAGGAAUGGAGUGUUCGGAAAUGACCAAUCUAUGGCUACUCCUUGUGUCAGUGAAGCUGCCUCCAUGUAUGAACCAUCAGGCUCCAGUUCAGAUGAAUCACGGCUUGAUAUGGAGGGUGAAGUACCACACAACCCUUUAGAAGAAAGGAAGUUCAUUGUGAGCGAAUCUCAGCUACUUGAUCUGUUCAACUGCUGCAAGAUGUGCCAUCGGUUUGCCAGAGCAGAUGUGCAGCAGGUAGUUGGGACCAUGAUCCGGAUUGCUACGGAAUGUAUGUUUUGUGGAUACUCCUGGCAGUGGUGCAGUCAGCCAUCCAUUGGAACCAUACCAGCUGGGAACAUUGCCCUGUCUACCAUCAUCCUGUUUUCUGGAGCCCUGGCAGCAAAGGUUUUACGUGUCCUGCAGUGUAUGGGGGUUGCCACCAUUUCAUGCAGAACCUUUGCCACCCAUCAGUCCUCCAUUUUGUUCCCUUCCAUUGCCCGUGUAUGGAACAGCCAACAGAUGGAGUAUGUUAGGCGAUGUCAGCAGAAGGGACAGCCCCUUGUCAUUGGUGAGGAUGGUCGAGCUGAUUCUCCUGGCCACUCUGCCAAGUAUGGCUCAUACAGCACCAUUGACUUGGAGGAAGGCAUUGUCAUCAACAUACAGCUAGUUCAGACCUUAAGAAGAAAAUUGUUGCAGCAUCCAAGCUUAAGGACUGUGCAGAGCUGGUCAAGUGGUGCAAGAGUCUGACCAACCACAUGUACUGGGUUGCAGCCUCCACACCAGAUGGGAAUGGAGAGGUGAUGUGGGCCAUAUGGGAGUCAGUCGAAAACCACAUCCACAAUGUCCACACCACUUUAUUUCCAACAUGUGCCCACAGCACCCUUGAAGGCAAUGAGCAGAAGAAGUGGUUGAAAGCAGGAUCAAAAGCCAGUGAGAAGAUGUCAGAUCUGAUACUCUCCAAACAGAUGGACAUCCCGAAGCUUUCCCCCCUCUUCCAGACUUCCCAGAUUGAGGCGUACCACAGCACCAUCAACCAUUUUGCCCCAAAGAUGGUUUCAUUUUCAUACCAUGGCAUGUAUUGUAGGCUAAUGAUGGCUGCCAUUCACUACAACGAGAAUGCAUCCAGGUCACAAGCUACUACUAGAGAUGGUGACCUGCAGUACAAGAUAAGUUUCCCAAAAUUUAAGCAGGGCGACUAUAGUGUUCGGAAGGUUACAGUGACGCCUACAUAACGAAUACACAUCCACACUGAUGAAGGAAACCCUAAAAUCAGCUACUGCGACAAUGCUGGAACCCAUUGCCUGCCUGCCAUCAGUGAAGCCACCUCCUCUGUGCAGCGCAUUCACGUACCCUGAAAAAGAAGAGGCAGUGUGUAAUUUCAAGUCACGGUUUUGUAGGAAGGAGACAAGUGUGUGACAGUUUAGACCUGUAGUAACUAGUUGGACUUGAUAGGAAAUGACAUUGUAUAUAUUGCUAUAGAUAGAUUAGUUGUAAACUUUCCUAGUACAUAUACAGUGUUUAGUUAUUGUAAAUUGAUAAGUUAGCAUAUUGUGUAUUUUACUCUAGUGACAUUUUGUAGAGACUUUGCGUGUAUAUAAACUCCUGUCCCCUCUUACCCUAUCCCUUGACUCUUUAAUGGGAACAUGAAAGCAGGGUCCACAUCCCCUUCCAUGGUUCAAAUUUAUUUUUGUAGCCGAUACUUUCCUUUUUAUAACUUGUGCAUUUUCAGCUCCUAAGUGCUUGUUACAAGAGAGCACAGCUUAAAUAAAGAUAGAUAAUGGGACUUUUUCUUUAAAUAUGAGAUGAUUGCAUUAAAUAAACAAAUUCUGCAAAAGAAA